AUGGAGGUUCCUGACACACUCAAAUCUGCAAAUGGAGGAAACCCAUCGGAGCCCAGGCAAUUCCCUCUCGAUGGCUGUGAUAUCUACCAAGUUUCCAAUGAAGCCCUGACCGCACUGUUCAAUACCGCCCCAGUCAUCCAUGAUUACCAAGGGACACGUAUUGUGCGUCUAUCGAAAACACUAGUUCUCAAAGGCGGAAACUGUACUCGACCAUGCGAGGCCAACAUUCUUAACCUCAUUGCCGAGGCACGGGUGCGAGAGAAUCCAAUCAUUCCAGUGCCCCAAGUGCACCGAGUUCUAAACAUCGAACCUGAAGAAAUCUAUGGCUGCAAGUGCCUGAUCCUCAUGGAUUAUAUUGAGGGCAGAACGGUCGAAAAAUGUUGGGAUAGUUUAAGUCAGGCAGAACGUGUAGACAUUGCCUCUCAGGUUGCUUCAACUAUAAGUACUCUGCGGUCGAUUCCACUAUCUGAGCAACAGCAGCAACAGCCAGGUCCCGUGGGCUGUAAAAGCUGUGUGGCUCUAGGAAAAUGGUUUGUUGAUAUAGGAGCUGGUCCAUUUGAUUCGAAAAAGGAUCUGGAAGAUUGGUUCAACCUGCGACUUAUAAUUACCAAGAAGUUUUACCAAGCGCCUGAUACUACCCCGCCAUUUCAUUUUGACCGACUAGUUCUCACUCACUCGGAUAUCGCACCCCGCAAUUUGAUCUUGGGCACGGAUGGCAAAGUUCACCUGAUUGACUGGGGCGACGCUGGGAUAUACCCUGACGGAUUUGAGGUCGCCUCACUCAAAGCACGGAGGUUCGAAGCGCCACAGUAUACUGAUAUGUUAGUUGAAAUGCUUUCUAGGACGAUUCCUAUGCAUGAAGAGCUGUAUCAACAAUUGAGGUCGAUUGUGUUUGCUCUAACCACUGGGCAAUGGCUGGGAAAAGAGGUCCUUGAUUAUGAGAGGUCAUGA